CGGACCCUACUUGGCCAAAUCGUGUCGAACGGUCGGCAGUCAGUUGUAUUUGAUGGCCGACCAGGCCAGAACGUGUAUCCCCCGCCGGAGAAAAAAACUCAAUUUGAUUAGCUAACUAUCGAAAUAUUAACUAUACAUGAAAUGAAACUAUGUAAGUGGAUCUCACUAGGAACCGAGAAUAUUGGACCAAUAUUUUAGUAAACGCAUUUCGCAAAAUCCCCAACUUAAGCAAAAUUGGAUUAUAAUAUACAUCUGGGGAGUCAAAGUUAAAUAGGGCACUGAGAGCAUUGCGUGGCACGUUCUUACUUUCCUCGAUAAGCCCCUUCCCGAUAAGCUUUAUCAUCUCCCCGGAGCCAAUUCGAUAAUCGCAGACCCCGAAGCAUAAGUCAAUAUUCAAAGUGGAUCAUGGCGGCCCAAAGUAAGCUGGCGGAGAUAGCCUUGAACUGCACCUGCUACGAGUACCACCACCCAUGGACCAAGAGCUGUGCCUGCGCCGCGGCGGGCAUGAUGCUCUCCGAGAUUCCCCCCAGUCUGCGCACCUACGCCACUGUUUAUGUGUUGGCUUUGGUCAUGCGAGGACGCAUUCCUUCGGUGAAGGACCUCAAACGCACUGUAGGUGGAAUCCUGCAGUCCACAGCGUUCCUUUCGAUGAACGGAGGCCUCUUCGUGUUCGCCGUGUGCUACCUACGCCAGAUCUUAGGUGGAUUCUACUUCGGCACAGUGGCCUGGCUGCCCUCAUUCCUGGCCAGCUUCGCCUGCCUCGCCUUCGAGCGGCCGGAGCGACGAGCUCCGCUGGCCUUGUAUGUGGCCAACGUGGGCAUUGAGACGCUGUGGAAGAUGAUGGAGGCUCGAGGUCUGGUGCGAUCCAUUCCCAAUGGACAGGUCCUAAUCAUGGGUCUCAGUGUCACUGCCUUGAUGUACCUUUAUCGCGCUGGACUGCACAAGACGGUGGCCAAGGAUGCGACCUUCAAGGCAUUGGGUCUGAUUAUGGGCAAGGAGGAGGAGGGUCCUUCCAAGCUUCCGGUGGCUACCACUUCACAGAGCUCCAGACAAGCGCCGCUCAACUUCCACAGCAUUUCCGCGUAUGUGCAGCUCUACGACCGCCUUCUGAAGGCCAAACAUCCCAGUUGUCCACACAAACGGGGCUGUGCUCCAUACGCCCUCCUCGGAGGACUGAAACCCUUCCUCGGGGGCGUGGGCCUAUCAGUGGGUCUCAAGCUGCUGCUCAACAUUCCCAAGAUCUUCCAGCUUAAGAUGCAGUGGCGCAAGCAGAUCUUCAACGCGGGAUCCCUGCAGUUGGGACUGGCGCUGGGAAUCUUUUCGUUCCUGUUCAAGUCGACUUCCUGUGGACUGCGUCACACCUUCGGAUUCGACGAUGCCCGCUUCGCCAUUCCGGCUGGCCUGCUUGGAUCCAUUGGCCUGCUGCGUUUCCCCAACACCACGGUGGCCUGCUAUCUGAUGUGGAAGUCCCUGCAGCUCCUCUACAACUGGGGCAUCGCCGAGGGCAAGCUGAUCGAGGUGCCCCACUUCGCGAUGCUCAUGUACGGAUUCUUCACGGCCGUGCUCUUCCACUCGGCGAUCCUGGAGGCCCGCUCCUUGCGCCCCAGCUACUACAAGUUCCUCAUGGGCAUCUCGGGCAACCGCAUCAGCCGCUUCAACGUGAAGCCCUUCGAGGCCUACGGCCUGAAGAGCCAGGACCAGAUCAACUAUGUGAUCAAGAAACUGAACAUCGACAUGACUUCACCCUUCCCACUUUGCUCCCUGACUGUCUAGAUUGUUACUCGCCCCGUUGUAUGCUGUACAAUAAAAAACCAUAGACAAUAAAAUGUAUAACACAGCGA